AUGUCUGAAGCUAAAACCUGUUGUGGCGGUGCCUGCGUGAGCAAGUCAGGCUAUGAUUUGCUGACUUGGAAAGACCCAUCUGUUUCCGGCAAAGUGUUUGGAUCUUUGGUGGGAUCCCUGCUUUUGCUGAACCAAGUCACACGACCAAUAAUACUAACCCAUCUAGUUUCUGCAUUGGGCGAGUACGCCGGUAAGCUGGCCACCGGCCAAGGAUUUGUCACCAGAUUCAGACCGGCAUACAAGAACGUCAUUGGCCAGUACGCUGAGGAAUACGCCAGCCAUGCAGCCAACCUCAUCAAGACUGCCGAGCUCAAACUGCAGGAGCUACUCUACGCAAAGGACAUUGAGUCCACCCUGAAGGUGGCCGGCGUCGCCUACAUCCUCUACAAGCUGAGCUCCUGGUUCACCCUCUGGACUCUGCUCUUCACGGCUACUCUGACGGCAUUCUCCGUUCCUCCUCUUUACUUGAAGAACCAAAAACAGAUCGACGAUGCUAUUGUCACGUACACAAAGGUUGUCAAGGACAAGGUGGCCGAGCUGCUUCAAUUGAUCAAGGAGAAGACCGGUCCAGCACUGGAGAACGCCGAAAAGAAGCUGGGUCCAGUCGGCAGCUUCAUCAGAUCCAAGGUUCCAGUCAGAACUGCUGGAUCUACUGUUGGCGAGACCCCGGCUGCAAACAGCACGGCUUCUACAGCCGAAUCGGCUCCAUCCAUCCCUUCUGCUGCUCCUUCCGCCCCCACCGAGACUGGUGACGAUGCCAUCACCAACCCAUUGGCCGACGUGAAGAAGCAAGCAGAGGCUGCUUUGUAA